AAUGUCUCUUUUGAAUUUAUUAUUAUGCAGACGGUUCACCCGGAGGUGUGGCCUGAGAACAUAGGUGGGUUUGCUGGCGCGAACUCGCUCAUGUACCUUUUGUGUUCUCAGGUCACCCCUUUGGGACACCCUCUGUUUACAUGCAUAUUUUAUAUGCACAAAGCUUUCUCUCUCUAUGUACCUAGACAAUGCAAAGUUACCAUCUUCUUCUUUAAGAACAGCAAUUGUUUUUUUUUUAAACAAACUGCAUCUGAACCGUUGGCUUAAUCCAAUGGCUUAGAUCAACCAUCUUAUAUUUGGUUAAAGUCGAUGGCAUGCUGAUGUGAUCAGAACUCAUAUAUGUCUUAUGUCAUCGGUUUUAGUUUUUAACGUUUUUUGAACCAAUUCAUGGCUAAUUGUGUGUUUGUUUGUUUCAGAAAAAAAUUGAAGCUUAGUCCAGUGUAGCAGAGUUUAUUUGUUGAGGUUGUUUCAGGUAUAGGAGCAUAUUUAGCACCAUGAAGAUGGAGAAAGAUCUUCACCGUGAUGGAAAUGAUGGGGAUUUCUUCGUUCAUAACGAAACCAAAGUAAAAGAAAAAUCCCUGAAAACGAAAACCCUCACUGUCGUCCGUACAGAGAGCUGCCAUGGACAUGGAGAUUGAUCCUCCAAAGGAAGCGGAACUCCAACUCAAAGACGAAGACCUCUUAAAGGCUGCUGAAACCGGCGAUUCCUCGGCCUUCAGAGGUCUCCCUAAGGACCGCCUCUCUAAAGCGCUCUCUUUCAGGAACGAGGACGGUCGGUCGCUCCUCCAUGUCGCCGCGUCUUCAUGUCACUCCGAGGUGGUGAAGGUAUUAGCAGAUGUGGAUGAAGCAGCGAAGACGAUUAACAGUAUAGAUGAAGAAGGAUGGGCACCCCUUCAUUCUGCAGCCAGUAUUGGGAAUUCAGAAAUAGUGGAAACUUUACUAAGCAAGGGAGCUGAUGUUAAUUUAAAGAACAAUGGAGGUCGCACUGCUCUUCAUUAUGCUGCCAGCAAAGGGUGGUUGAAGAUUGCUGAAGCCCUGGUAACGCAUGGGGCAAAGAUUAACCUGAAGGACAAGGUGGGUUGCACCCCAUUACAUCGAGCAGCUAGCACAGGGAACUCAGAAUUGUGUGAGUUUCUGAUUGAGGAAGGAGCUGAGGUUGAUGCUGUUGAUAAAUCUGGACAGACUCCUCUCAUGAAUGCAGUGAUUUGCCAUAACAAAGAGGUAUCUCUCCUUCUAAUAAGGCAUGGAGCAGAUGUAGAUGUGGAAGACAAAGAAGGAUACACUGUUCUUGGACGAGCUGCAGACGAUUUUAGACCAAUACUGAUAGAUGCUGCUAAAGCCAUGCUUGAAGGAUGAAUAUGUUGAACUAAUUGGUUAAAGUUAGGAUUCUAGGCACUGCAGGUUGUUUUAAUGAAGAUUUGUAUUGUGCCAAUGUGCUUGUUUUCCACGAAGUUGUGUUUAAACUGCCAAUGUUUCUAACCAAAAGAAACAAUGAAAAAAAUUUGAGUUUUCCAGUUUUCCCCUC